AUGGCCAACCAAGUGGUUGAAGCUAUCUCCAAGAAGCUAGACCAAAUAAAUAAUUGCCCUGUUAAUGGAAAUUAUAUUGAUAUUGCAAAUGAGCAGGUUAAUGCAGCUUUCUCUAGACCGGAAAAUCUAGAAGAACACAGACAGUGUGCUCUCCUCCUUCGAGUUGCCUUAAAAGGUGAUUGGGCGGCUGCUAACCCUUUUCUUAAGAAUAAGUCAGACUGUCUUCGAGCUCGCAUUACGAAAGAGGAAGCGACAACACUUCACAUUGCUGCGACUGCAGGACACACCGCUUUUGUAGAAGAAUUGUUGAAAUUGAUGGAGCUGAUUCAGCCGGAGGACAUGGAAUUGAAAACCAAUUAUGGAUUUACGGUCCUCCACUCGGCUGCUCAAUCAGGAAACGUCAGAAUUGCUAUGCAGCUGGUGAAAAUCAACAAUGAAUUGCUAUUGAAAACUUGUGACAUGGCAAACGCACCACUCAUUGUUGCAACUUAUCUAGGACAUACAAGCAUGGUCUCCUAUCUGUUUUCUGAGACUCCUCUUGAAAAAUUGAUUGAAGAAAAACGCAUCGAGCUCCUUCAUGUUACUAUUUACAAUGAUAUGUAUGAUAUAGCAUUGAAAAUUCUGGAAAGGAAUCCUAACAUAGCAAAUGCCAGCACUGAAUGCCGGCGGGUAGCGAUGGAAAUGUUGGCGAGGAAACAUUUCUCAAUUGGCAGCGAAAGUGCUAGCAAGGAUAGCCUUGCAUCCUAUGUUAUUGAAGAUGACAAAGAGAACAUGUUGCAUUUAGUUGGAAAAUUAGUUCCUUCAGAUCGACUAAAUAUUGUAUCAGGAGCAGCCCUUCAAAUGCAACGCAAGUUGUUGUGGUUUAAGCCUUCACUAUACCAGGUGGCAAUAAUCAAGAUAUAUGAACUCCUAUUCUUUUGA